ACUCGUCGCCUAGUGAUGACGACAGAGCGGACGUUACGUAGCCACCUAAACGUCACUUACGACUCAUUUGUUUAUUUACGUUGUUGUCGAUACAAAGUGAGUUUACGUGGAAGUGACUACAUGGUAGCUAGUCUAAAAUGAAUUGCUUCACAUCGGGACGUGACGUUAUUUAAUCACCAAUCGACCUUCCUUUUGAAAAGAGAUCAACCGACAAACUCCCAGAGUCCCUCCAGAGUGAGAGACCAUGGGCCGGCUGGAUGAUGCCGCCAAACACAAAGUGGUGGAGCUGCGGAGGGCUGGUCUGAGUUUCCGCAAGAUCAAAGCUGUGCUGGAGCUGGAGAACAUCAAGGUGUCCGCCCAGGCCAUCUACCUGUUCCUGAGGGAGUUUCAAGGGAGGCCGCCAGGGAGGGUUAGACCUAUGGAGGCUGGAAGCAGCACAUCACCCUCACAGGUGCAGCCUCGAGCUGGGCCAAUGCAAGAGAACUGGAAUAACAUUCAGAUCCAAAAUCUUCUGCGGGAGGUGUCUCAUAAUGCUAGCGCUGCGGCAGCUGCCAAUUUGGCCAAAAAUACGUCCACAAAUCCGGAUACUGGCGUAAAGCCAUCUUGGUCCGGGGAGACCAGUGGAGGCAGCCGGCUAGAACAGCAACGCAAGGAAGAUAAGGAAGAAAAUGACAUCCAGAUUGUAAGUGUCACCUCGCUUGCACAGAGCAGCCAACCGAGAGUUCCCCCCACGGUCACAAGAGCAGAGGCCAGUGCUUCGUCUUCCACACUAACGGUCUCUGGAGUCACGAGGAAGAGAGCUACACCUUCUCCAGCCACCAAUUCGAUGCUGGCAGCUCGAAAGAGGCUUUUAGAUAAGGCGCUGUCUCACAGGAUGAAGUCAUUCCACCAGGUAGCGCCGUUGUUAAGAAGAGAUCCCUCAAGUGUCCAAAGUGCUGAUUUGAGAGGUGCAAUGCCUCAACCACCUGAAACGUAUGAUCUGACCACUGAGAAGACUGCUAUGGAAGGUCCAUCUGGUGGAGGCGGCCCCCCCAGGCGUUUCCUUACACAGAGACCAUGUCCGUCUGUUCGUUCCCUUCACCCGAUUCCUCGGGUCGGCAUUCGUCUUCCUAACAGGUCACCGGCACCUUUACCGUCUUCGGCUCCCGGGGUCGCAGUCAUCCGCAUACAGGCCCCCGGAGGCCAGGGCGCCAAUCGUAUAGAGGGGAACCCGAGCCCCCAGCAGGCAGUCCAGGACACUGGGGGUAGAGGUGGUCUACAGGAUCAGAUUCAAACCCUGGGAUCGGAGGUGCGCAGCUUGGGCCUGGCGGUGAAGAUGCUGGUGGAGCAGCAGUGCUGCCUGGAGAGGGAGCAGACGCAGCAGACACACAUUCAGAAGCAGAUCCUCAGCACUCUACAGACACUCGCCACCACGCUGGGAAGUUGCAGCGUUGUUCAACAGCAGCACAACAAAACUCCAUCGCCAUCCGGUUUGCCACCAGCUUCUGCAUCUACCUCCUUCAGCCAGGACGCCUACAGCUUCAGUCAGGGCACGUACACCCAGUGUAGCCAAACCGAGCCGAGCUUCAACUCGUUGGAGAGUUUAGAAAACGUAGAGGCCUUUAAACUGCCAGGACUGAGCCCUUCAAUUAUGAAUGGGUUUCCACCUUGUAGCAAUGCUGAGAAUCUCGCACUGACUCACACUCCCCCUCGCACGCAAGCAUAUGCGGCUGCAUACCCACAACAAAACAGUCAACCACUCAUGCAACCCUACACACAACCCUAUGUCUCUCCAUACAGCCAGUCACAUUGUCAGACUUACCGAGGAUCGGAGAGUAAAACAUCUGAUUUCCCACGCAGCUGUUCAAGGACUCUCCAGGACUGCAGCGUGUCUACCCACCCGGGGAUGGACUCUCACUGCCCUUCACAGGAUCAACAGAUCAAUAUAGUCAAAGUGGAAGGGCCUUAGAGGCCGUCCGAUACCACCGUGUGUUCUGGGACCUUAAGGGCUUGGAUAUGUUUUUUUUAGAGUCACUUUAGAAUACUUAAGACACGUGUGUUUACAAUGUGUUUUCAGUGUCUUGCUCAAGGGCACUUCAACAUGCAACUAUGGGGAGAGCGGGGAUCGAACCGGGGACCUUGUGGUUACGGGAAGACCACUCUCCCCCAUGAGCUACAGCCGACCAAUUCUUGUUUAUUUAUCUUUUAGUUGUGUAACACUAAGACUGGCAUUACGAACUGUUGAGUUUUCAUACCUCUAUUCUAACUGCAAAAUAAAUAUAGUUAUGAUCCAAAGCAUAUUCCCAUUUUAAUGUGUAAGGCGGUGUGUGAGAAGCAUGUUGUAUGUGUGAACAGCUGGAGCUUAUUAAAGAUUAAAUUCUUCUCACGGCCUGCACUGGGAUUAUAAAAUGUAAGAGCUGUAGUUUAUUCAAUGUAGCCACCUAUGACCCACUUUACCUCCUGAGCCACAGCCAGUAUGGCACAAAACUCUUGUUUAGACAAUUUAAUCCUUAAGUAUUUUUGUUUGUUGCAUUUAUGUGUUAACCUAAAUUAACCGGCACUGGGCCUGGCCCCCGCCACCCGUAAAGCCCAUAAAUAUGAAAUAGGACUUCAAUGGUAUCUGAUGCUGGAGGCUGCGGAUGCUAGGCCGAAGGUCCCAGGACUGGUAGAACACUGUAAACAUUCUUUAGACGCAUUUAGAUGGAUGCAGGUUUACUAUUAGUGUGCGGUUGAUGUAAACUACAUGAGAUUAAAGCAGAUGGUAUACCGACGUAACAUACAAGGAAAUACCAAAUUAUUUUACAUUUUUUCGUAAUGCCAUCUCAGGUUUUCAAAGUGCACCUGUAUGUUUUUUUUUUUUAUUUUAAAAAGGUAACUGUUUACCCAACGAGUUUUGACUUCUACCUGGUUUUGGAUUAAAGAUUUUUGGACUUUA